AUGCACACCAACGAGACCCUUGACCUCCUCGACACUGCAACUGUUACGCUUGGAAAGCAGCUUCGCCAUUUUCAGAAACAUACUUGUGUGGCGUUCCAGACCCGGGAACUAAAACGAGAAGUGGAACGUCGCCAAUGCCGGGAGUUACGUGAUGGUGUUGGCAAUAGAGAGGUGAUGACAUCGACAUAUCAGACAUCCCGGCAAAUGAAGACUUUUAAUCUUCAAAUGUAUAAGUUACAUGCCCUGGGUGAUUAUUCCACUUCAAUACACAACUUUGGCACAACAGAUUCAUAUAGCACUGAACCAGGAGAGCUAGAACACCGAACGUCAAAAGCAAGGUAUCAUCGAACAGACAAAAAAGGAUUCGUCAAACAGAUUACCAGUAUCGAACGGCGCAAAGCCCGCAUACAUCGCAUUUGUGACAGGCAGUCGCCACAUGGUACAGUGAUUGAUGAAGAAGUCACUACGUCACCUGAGGUUCGUUUCCACAUCGGGAAAUCUCAAAACAAUCCCGAGAACAUCCCACUAUUCCUCCAAAGGCACCUGGGCGAUCCUGCAAUCAAAGACUUUUCACCCAAGCUUCAGCAGUUCCUCCUCACUAAGAUCAAAGACAUCUUAACCAAAGAAAAUGGCCCUUCACACACCAACAGUUCCACUGCUAUCACGGUACCAGGGGUUUCCCCACCAUGCUCAGACUCAGAAGUCCGUAUCUUCAUCAAGGCUGAUCGCAUGUACAGACAUAACUUGAUGCGUCUUAACUACACAACAUACGAUGUCCGCCGAGCGCAGGACAUCAUCAAUCCAUCAACAUCACACUGCAAUGUCAUGCUUCUGGGCCAAGCCAACGGGGACUCAACUGAUGGUGAACAACAUCCUUAUUCAUAUGCUCGUGUGCUUGGCAUUUAUCAUGUCAAUGUCACUUACAUUGGUUCUGGCAUGAUUAACUACAACUCACAAUGA